UUGAAGGCCCCCCCCCCUUUCUUUCUGUUGCUGUGAUCUGCCAAAAAGCUUUCCUCCCCUUCGCUUUAUUUUGAAAUAGACUCGUUUUGUCAGUAGCAGCUUUAAUUUGUCACACUACGAGCAAUGUUGAUCAAGUUAUUUCUUCUCUCCAUCCUGAACGUUUAUGCUGCCAAAGGUCAGUUCUAUCACAUCUUUGAUCAGUGUUGUCAAGAAGGUGUCCAGUGGUCAAGUGCCAAUGCUAGAUGCGAUGGUUACCCUGGACCAGUAGCCAAUAUCUCCACCUCGGACCAGACAGUGUGUCUAUCUAUUCUAGAGAUUUGUUGUAUAAAACAAACUCAGCAUUCAGCCUGUGAUGAUGGAAGACUAACUGCUUUAGAUAAUCAAAUCUGUGCUAUACGUGACAGCGAUCCUGGAGCAGAGAGCUUCCGGGAAUGUUGUCAUUGUUGCAACCUGGGACUUAUAGCACGCAGUGUCAAUCCACCUUGUGUUUCUCCUGGACUUGGGGAACCAUGUGACACCAUGUAUAGAGAAUGUUGUGUGGGAGAAACAAAACAAAAUAUAACAGGAUUGACUAUAAUGGAUCUUGUGGCCAGUAAGAAAGAUGGCCUUGAGAAUAAUGAAGGAAAUAAUGAUCCAACAUUAGCUGAAAUGCCAUCAGAAGUGGAAAAUGCUGAUAUUGACGAGUGUGCUGUCCCACACAAUGUAUGUUCUCAUAUCUGCAUCAAUACUAAGACAUCCUUUGUUUGUUCCUGCCCUACUGGCUAUCAGUUAGACCAGAAUAAUAACAGAACUUGCAAGCUGAUAGAGACCACAAAUCAAAAUGCAAUGGGUAACUGUGAACUGAAUAAUCCAUGUGAGCAACGAUGUAUGGAUAAUGAAAAUGGAAGUAUUGAAUGCAAAUGUUACGAUGGCUACAGACUAGCACUUAAUAAAAUUUCUUGUCGAGAUAUUGAUGAGUGCAUUGAAAAAUUGGCAAGUUGUGCAACUGGAGAGAUGUGCAUCAACACUAGGGGAGGCUACACCUGUUCACCACAAUGUCCUGCCAGCUUUAUACUAGAUUCAAAGACUGGGGUUUGUAAACAGGCAGAAGACCCUCAGUGUCAGCCUGGUUACAUCUUCAGUGUUGAAACCAAGAAAUGUGAAGAUCUGAAUGAAUGUGGUCUAAGCAUUGACUCUUGUGAGAUGGGAGAAAGAUGUGAGAACACAAUUGGCUCUUACGUAUGCAGAAGAGAAAGAAACUGUGGGACAGGAUACACACUGGAUGAGAAAACACAAAAAUGUUAUGAUAAUGAUGAGUGUGCACUUGGAACACAUAAUUGUUUAAAGGGCUACAACUGCUUAAAUCUACAAGGAACAUUCAGAUGCAACCCAAAACCUUGUCCUCCUGGCCAAAAAUUUGACCGCAAGAAAGCAGACUGUGUUGAUGUUGUUUGUCCAGAGGGACUUAAACCCAAUGAAGUUGGCAACUGUGUAGAUAUUGAUGAAUGUAAAUUGGAAGGUGCUUCCUACUGUAAACGUCAUCAAAAGUGUAUCAACACUAAAGGUUCCUACUACUGCAGAAACUAUGUCAACUGCCCACCAGGCUAUGAGCCAACAGAAACCACAGGAUGUCAAGACAUUGAUGAAUGUGAACAGGGUAUUCACAAAUGUACCAAUGAACAGCAGUGUGUGAAUAAACAAGGAACUUACUUUUGCCAGUGCCCAAGAGGCUUUAAGCAUGAUGUUCCUGGAAGGUGUACUGAUGUGGAUGAAUGCUUCUAUUUUCCAUCAAUCUGUUCAACAACCUCAAAAUGUGUCAACACCAUAGGUUCUUACAAAUGUGAGUGUAUUGAAGGAUUGGUUUCAGCUGAUAAUGAUACUUGUACUGAUGUGGAUGAAUGUCAAUACCAUGGAAUCUGCCAACAUAGUUGUGUCAAUGUGGUGGGAACUUACUUCUGCUCUUGUAACAAAGGUUACCAACUACAAGAUGAUAAGAAAUCAUGUGAAGAUAUCGAUGAAUGCACUCAAUUUCCAAGUCGCAAUGGAGGAGGAGGAGUGUGUACUGGUCAUUGUAUCAACGUACCUGGAUCAUACAAAUGUGAUUGUCCCAAUGGGUUCAGGCUCAAACCAGACAGUCGCCAAUGUGAAGAUAUAAAUGAAUGCACAGAACAGUCAGCUCAGUGUCCUGCUGGCGACAGUGUGUGUUUCAACAUAAGGGGUGGUUUUAAAUGUCCUCUUGUCCGAUGUCCUGAUGGAUUUGUCAGAAUAAAUUCUUCUGGUCAAAACAGUAUACGGUGUAAACGUAUAUCCCUUGAUUGCCCAGAAUGCCGCAAAGGUCUGAUAUCUAGAACAUACAACUUUCUGUCUUUUGCAUCCACCGUAACCGUGCCUGCACCACUGUUUUCUAUGACAGGCAGCAGGCUGAUAGAUAAAUUCUAUACAUGGUCAAUGGAGCUGGUGUCUUCUAGGGCACUAAAACCUGGCGUUGUUCCUGCCCAGUUGGACAAUUUCUCAUUGGAAAAAAGUCGAGACUAUUCUAGGGUGACCUUAGUUAAACGUAUUGAGGGUCCUCAAGAUGUGGUCCUGAAGCUGUCUAUGAAUGUCAGCAGCUAUUUUAAAGGCUAUGAAGGAGUGGCAGAGUCUAGGAUUUAUUUAUACAUCACAGAUCAGGAGCUAAUAUUUUAAGCCAUUUUCUCUUAUCAUGUCCAAUCAAAAUGCUGACAUGAACAAAGGGAGCUAACUCUGCGCUUUUGGCCAUUGUUUGUAUUAAAAGAAGAUGUCAAGAUGUUGCUUUGAGUGUGAGCGUGUGUAUGUGUAAAGAAUCAUAAUUUAAUGUUUUAUAAACUGCCAAUAAAAACUCUCAGAUUGUAUUCCUAUGUAAGGAUAUUACAUCAUAUAAUGUUAAACAUUUUUGUUCAUGGUUUGAGAUAUACAAUAUUUAACAAAUUGAUGUAGCCUAUCAAAUAUAUAGGCCUGUAUAAGUAUGAGAUGUAAAUACAUCAUGAGAUUAGUCUACUAUCUUGUACAUCCGGCUAGUUUGAAUGUUGCCAUGGAUAUACAGAAAUGUGUUUUGUACAAUAAAAAUACUUUCCAUUGUUCUUACACAG